CCUGCUCAGUGCGAUAGAUCAUGCUUCUUGUGAGCAGUACAACAAUCCAAGCGUAGUUCAGCCUUCCUGCGCCCAGGAAAAAAAAAGGUGUUUGCCGCCCAUGCCCUGCACGAUGCCGCCAAGACGCGGACGUUGCCAGCCAUCGGUGAAGGGGCGGACACUGGCCACUGCGAUGUUCUUCUUGCUGCCGCUGGUGACUCAAGGCUCGCGAGAAGAAAUCUCUCGGCACGCUUCGGCGACGACUGCGUUCCCAACCGCGACGACGACUACUAGCGUGGAGGAGGCGGAGGAACCUGAUUUCCUGCGAGAGAUGCGAGAAAUGGUUGCGCGUGGCUUCGCCAGCAUGCCGGCGUCUCUGAGGAGGAAGAUGCUGGAGGCCGAGGUGCGGCCGGAGUGCAGCGUCGCCCUUCUGAAAAUCACGCGGGCCUUCCUCAACUUCGAGCCGUGGGCACUGAGACUGUUCGACGCAUCCGGAAAGUACCCAACAGGCCUCUUCCAGGGAUCUCGUGUUGACCUUGGAGCUUUCGACGAGUGCCUAGAGACGGUGGUGCGUGACACUUACGGAAACGUGCUCACACGUGGUCAGUACUGCAACCUGCUUGUCUACUCCAAGAAUGGAACUGCCAUGGAGUCUGCGAUUUUGGCUGCGCCAGACAUCCUUCACCCGAGGAUAAAAUAUUUCAGAAAUUACUUCACCGCCAAAGAUUACCCUCUUGUUCGCAUGGCGAUAUGCUUUACAGAGGACUGCAACCAAGAAGACUUGCAAGCUUUAGUGAACGUGGUGAGUCUACCUCUAGUACACCUGAAAGUGUCCAACUGCGUAACUGCGGACCCCGAGCCAUGGACCAACGUGCAGAUUGGCAUAGCCAUCUUUUUAUGCAUCCUCCUCGUCGUCGUGAUGGCCGCCACCUUGGUGGACUAUAUCAUGGACCGCAUGCCAAAGAAAAAGCAAGAAUACAGAGCACUGGUGAAUGUGGCGAAGGCUUUCUCCGCUACAUCCAGCACACGGAUACUGCUCAGCGUGGCCGAUAAGAGCAAUGCCGACCACUAUGCCCUGCGGUUUCUACACGGCAUGCGGUUCCUCUGCAUCGGCCAUAUUGUGGUUUGCCACUGCGGUCAGACCAUAUCGGAUAAUUGGUCCCGUUUCCUAAAUAUGUUAAUUGUAUCUGAAGAAUGGCCGUACAUGCUUCUAGCUGCGGGGUUCAGCAGCGUUGACACCUUCUUUUUUCAGAGCGGCUUCUUUUUGUGCUUGUCGGUGUUCAAGCAGAAGAAUAGUGGGCCCUUUGCAUUCGUCGUCGGUUUGGUGAGACGCUACAUCAGAACGGCAAUUCCUAUGUUCUUCAUCAUCAUGUGCUUGUAUCUCCUGCCACAUUUCGUCUCCGGACCAGACACGAAGGCUUUCUUUCUGGAAUUGUACAGCGACAUGGGUCGCUACUGGUGGCACCUGCUACUUAUGAUCAGAAACUACGCUGACACAACCGCCUUGGAUGUGCUGCCCCACAUCUGGUAUUUAUCGACAGACUUCCAGCUCUUUGCAAUCUCGCUUCUGAUAUUGCUGCUCUUCAAAAGGCGAAAAAUGCUGGCCAUUGGAGUAUUCAUCGCCGUCUCCUUAUUGGGAUGCACCAUCGCAACGUGGUCAGUGGGCGGUUCUGUGCUGCUGCCAUUUAUGGCCUACCCAGCACCCAACCUGCAUGUAAUGGACAAAACGAUGAAUGAUUUCUACGUGCGGCCAUACUAUCACGCCGUAUGCUUCUUCAGCGGAUGCAUAACAUACCUCCUGAUGGACGACUUCAGAAAUCGGAAAAUCAGCAAGGCAACGCAGGUUGCUGGGUGGUGCAUAUCGCUCAGCUGUGGUCUCUGCUGUGUAUUCAUGAAACUCCCCUGGUACAGAAGCCCGAAUCCGACCACAGAAACCGUCAAACUGCUUGCGGCGUUCUUCGAUCGCAUUCUUUGGUCGCUGUUUCUGAUGUGGUUCACACUGGCUUGCUCCUCUGGUCGUGGUGGGUUAGUAAAUAAGUUGCUGUCCUGGAAUGUAUUUGUGGCGCCGAGCAAGCUUUCGUUCGGAGUCUACCUCAUCCACCUUCCCUUCAUCCGGCUCUAUCUACAGGCAUCUAGAGAGCGCUUAUUCUGGUCAACGUUUAACACGGCCUCAAUGUACUUCGCUGUCUUUGCUUGGAGCUAUGUACUGGCCUACUUCGCUUAUCUUAUGUGCGAGGCUCCGAUGACCGCACUGGACAAAAUGGCUUUCACCAGGAUCACACAGGGAAGACAACAUGCGCGGACACUGGAGAGUAAACCACCCCUGAAAGGGAUCGACGUGCAACCCUGCAAAAUAACGCAAGACGGCGUAUUUUCUCACUUAUAAGGGACGCCCGACCAGACGAAGUCUACUGUUAACAAUGGUAAAGCUGCGCGACAGAUUUGGACGAAAAGGAAGACUCAAGACACAUUCAUACACUGUGUGUACACAUCGCCUGUAUGUAUUUUGAGUCUUCCAUUUCGUCCACGUCUUUUACGCUGCUUUACUUUUCCUAACGUUAGACCACCUAGCCCAACCAUCCAACCUGUUGAACUGAAUUAUCCUGGUUUGGCGUUUUACCAUCUGCAUCUGAAAUAAUCACCAGCGGCUCCCAGUGUACUCUGCUAGUACGUGUGUGUUUACAACCGGGCUGCUCACUCCUCACUGCAAUAGCGCAUGAGUGACGCGAGUUAUACAUAGUUGGUUCACGUAUGCAAGAACUCUGCUUUGUAUAAACAUUGUUGCUUUUUUAUUUUGAAGUGUGCAUGUUCGUACCUACAUAUGCGAUUCUUUUUUUUUCUUUUUUUUCACUAGCUAAGUAACCACCGGUGAGUGUGAUACAUGCUUCCCUGGGCUAUUCAUUCGUUAUGGGCUCUUAAGGCAAAGGAAUUUCAUAUCUGUGGACCGAUGGAAAGGUCAUUUUCUUUAUCUCACGUUACAGGUUCCCUACAGAAUACCCGACUCCACUAAUAAUUCAAACACAUUCGAGGGCUUCAGGAACCCUCAUUUCAUAAGAAUGCUUGGCUCAUAAGAAGCAGUUGUAGUGGCGUUAAAGAACCCCAUGAGGUCAAAAUUAAUCCGGAGCCCUCCACUACGUCGUGCCUCAUAAUCAGAACUAGUUUUGGUGCGUAAAACCCCAGAAAGAAGAAGCACUUGAUGGCAGUGUUCAUUAGCUAAAUAUUAUAGGAAUAUCCGGCAGUAGCCCUUUCGGAGCACUGUUACGUUCGAACUAUUAUUUUUUUUGUAACAAUGAGUACUAAAUUUUUUAUUUUUUUUUCGCAAUGGCGGCCGGUCAUUGUAUCAGUACAAAUAUUACUCGAAGCCACGAUUGUACGAGAAGAGUAGUCGUGUGGAAAUAUUUACACCAGUAUCUAGUUUACUCUCAUUGUAUAGAGAAAUACAUCGCCGUAAAACUCUUGGAGCUAGCUCGGGAACAUAAAAAGCCGAUUCGAACAGAAUGGCUCUCUUGCCACCUAAGAAGACAAUCGCAGUUUCGCAACAUAUAAAAACAGGAUAUCGUUGAAUCCUAACUUGUGUUCGCACGUUCCACGACGACAGCACUGUGACCACUGAGACUGUCCCUAUGAAACGUUUCUUAAAAAUAAAUGCGAACUUCUGAAGCAUGUUUGAGUGUCCAUUUCUUAACUUAACGAGGUGUCAAGUUUAGAUUAUUCUGCAACGUUUUCGGGUAUCAUGCGAAGAUGUUUAACCGCCUUGCGAUGGGUUGAACUGAUGUAACGAAAGCCUGUUCGUGGCAGCCCUUUAUAGACUGCCGCUUUGUAUCCUUUUCAUAUUGUUAUUGUGGUGAAGCGAGUAUUCGGAAAAAAGAAGAAUGCAAGAGCGAUGCCGGGUAGCGGAACCAGUGUCCUUCAGAAAGGCAGGAUUGCGGACAGAAUGCAAGGGCGUUUUAGACCCCUCUGUUUAUUUCCAGGCGUAGGUGCGCUUCCUUUCUCUGUCCCUGUCUAUCUCUAGUUUUUGUUGCUUUUAGGAAAUUUGUCUUUUUGCUUAUUUAACAAUCAAGCAAGAUACAUAAAGGGAACCUUGCGCACGCUCAAAUAAUGCAUUGGGAACUUUUAUUCUGAUGGCAAAGAAAUUAUGCUGACAACACACAUCCAGUCGCGUAGGUUUGGCUACUGUUAUUCAAAGAAUGGUUUCGCAGAUAAAUUCUUAUCUUCGGCCAGGUUAAGAACUUAUGUUUGUGCGGUUGUGAUCGAGGUGUUUUAACCAAUGGUAUCAUGGCAGGGAUGUGAAGCAACAGAACAAUAUAAUCGUUAGUGCAUGGAUUUUCCUAAACCUUGCACUGCUCCUUCAAAUUGUUUGGACGGUGCAAAUUCAUCAUUUACAAAAUUACAACAAAAUAUUGCGUUAUAAAAGCAACAGUUCAUCACGAUUAUACAUGCGCGCAAAGUAUUUUUCAUCAGUAUAUCUUCAACAUUGCCCAUGUUCCUUGCAUCGCAAUGACACAUUGUACCGGGCCAGUUGGUGCAUAUUUGUUACAAGUAAAAACUACACAAUGAAACUUGCACAAAAAAGCCAAAGAAGCGAGCGUACACAGCGGUCGUUUACCGAUUGCCAUCUUACCAAAUUUUCUUUCCACAACCCUUGCACUAACCACAAAGACUAAAUUCCUGUUAAAAAUUAGGCAAUCCUUGUUCUUUUUUGGCUGAUACCGAAAGUGUUGAGCCGUGUGGGUAUAUUUUGCUGUAACUUAUAUCUCGCCUUGAGCUCCAGCUAAUAUAGAAUUGAAUAUUGACCUACAAAGUAGUGCUAGUGAACUGGGUAAUCGUUCUGUAAUCACUGACCUGCGUAAAAGUUGUGUUCUGCGUAAGCAAACCACAAAACACGACAGAAAACAUGCGCUUAUAGUGGACACAUAACUGUUAAAGAAAUAAGGUGUAAUAUUCAACGGCUUCUUUGAUAUGCUCGAAUUUCGUGUAGUUGAGCUACCUCUUUCUUAGCCAUCCGGAUACUAUGGCGACACCUGGCUACACCAGCUGCGUUUGGUAACAUGCGGACUGCAGCGGCGUUUUUGCGCCAUCUGCCAAGCCUCGAUGAAAGUCUAAUCUUGGAGGCAGCGCCACACUUGCCAAGAUUUCAAUGUAUCGCCACUUGUCUGUCCAUACAUCGGUACUCGCCGUUGUUCCGUUGAAGAACAUCAAGAUUGGCCUCCGUCUCCAUAACACUGUUGCGUCGACGUCUCACAAUGUUCAUCCACCUGAACUGCGGUUUCCAUUUUAGCAAAAAUUUAUCGCCGUGUAGUAGAGAAGCAUUUCUUGAGGUUAAACUCUGCAUUCGAAGACAAUAAACACAGUUGCAAGCUUUACAUUGCUUGUAUUUUAGCUGUAUAAUUAUUAUUAUUAUUAUUAUUAUUAUUAUUAAGAUAUACUUCUGGAGUCUCAAAGAAUUUGGCCAGGAAUCUGCGGGCCUGCAACCAACACUGACACGAAAUUAACAUAUUUCGCAAACAUUUGCCCAAUUUCUAUGAAACACUCGAAUACAUUUCAUAACAUAUUUAAAGAAAAUUCAAUCAGUGCUCUUUUUUCAUGCUAUAAUAUAAACCAUUAUCCUAUGAAAUGUGGGCUCUUCCUUCCUAUUUAUCGGUGCACAUAUGUACACGUCUUGUUCCAUCUAACACUUACCAUGCUUGGUGUCACGGUGCAUUUUGGAAUACUACAUUCCUUAGUAUCUUUAGUGUCUGCCUAUUCUCACACUGAAUAAGUCACUAAUUCUUUGACUGAAAUCAACCUACUUCACGUAGUUCAUGAGGGUCGAUAUGGGCUUGGUGGUAUGGCAUAUUCUACUUUGCUGUGGUGCAGGCAGAACGAUGGACACACAGAAAGGCACUGUGUUGUGUAAAGUGCCUUUCUGUGUCCGUCAUUUUUCCUGCGCUACAACAAAGUAGAAGAUAUUUCAUGUACCCAACAAAAUACUGUGACGCUUUGUGUCACACUGCCGAUGGGGGCUGGACCGACUGUGUAUGUAUAUUAUAUCAAUUUUCACGUGGGCAAGUAACAAGACCAGGAGGUUGUUCCUGGGCACGUGAUAACAUUGAUUGACUAAAUUAUAUAUUUCAAAACCUGUUGUCUUCUUUGUUUCAUGCAUUGUACUUCCUUUUGAGCCUUCUCGGUCUGUAGCUGCACUGCUCUACUGUCUUCUCAAAGUUUGUCUCUUCUUACGUGUACGUCACAUAAUCAAAUGUGCACUCCUGGCCACGGAUGGUUCUUCAAGCUCCGUUAUUCAUUGCGUCAACUACUGUGUGUGUUUGUACUAUCUUUCUCUCUCUCUGAAUUUCAUGUUAUUGCUGGAUUGCUGCUCAUUAUGUGCCUGUUUAUCUUGUACAUUCAUGUUCAUUUCAUUAUAUAUUUUAUUGCAUAACUUUUAGCCGCAGUUGUUUUAACUUCUGACCUUUCUUUAUGUCUAUACGCCAAAAUUUCGUCUGCCAGGCGUUUUUGACACAUAUAUACAGAAUAAACAUGUAUUGACUACCA